AUGACGAACCCAUCUCAGCUUUUCCUCCUCGUCGACCACAUCAAACUCUCCCUUCUAGAAAGACAGCGGGCUAUAUCGCUGGACCUCGAACCAAAUGCCCAAGAUGGCGAGAUUUCUCGCUCCCUAGAGUCCCUUCAAGAAGGCAUCCAAGCUGUUGAAGCCGAACAGACCCGUUUAGCAGACUCACACGAUAGCGCCGGCGCAGCCGCGCUAAAGGACCAGCUUGUCCCCCUCCACGAACAAUAUAGAGACCUAUCAUCGCAGUUCUACGGCGAAUCGGCGCUGGCGUCGAAUUCCGCAACCCCCGAUCUUAAACAACCGGUUCCCCAACACCCGCCCUCCAAAUCCGUGCGGUUCAUGGAUAACACCGCCGCAGCGGCUGCUGUGCAAGAGGAGAUAGAUGAAGAAGAGAAUCGCAAUAGACAGAACUUGUUCCAGCCUUAUCGCGAUGAACCCUCCCCGGCUGGUCCCGAUCAAACAAAUAUGAGCAAUGAGCAGAUUUACCUAAACCAUGAUGAAGUGAUGCGUCAACAAGAUGAACAGCUUGAUCGUUUGGGGCAGUCGGUCGGGAGACAACAUCAGCUGAGUAUUCAGAUCGGUGACGAGCUUGAUGGUCACAUAACGCUCUUGGAUGGAUUGGAUGACGAUGUUGAGCGCCAUCAAGGCCGACUGAACACUGCGACUCGGCGAUUGGAUAAGGUCCGUCGCAAGGCCAGUGAGAAUUGGAGCAUGAUGACCAUCAUUGGGCUGAUAAUCAUUCUGGUGAUCUUGAUUGUGAUUUUGAAAUAG